CUGUGAAAAACUGAUGACUUUCAGGAGUUGAUGGUUCUUGAAACUUUACAUCAGCCUGUGGAGUUCUUGUUUUUCUGAGGACACAUCCUGGUCCCGAGAGGCAUAUCCAUUACUUCAUAUAAAAACAUUUUAUGCUUUACAAAACUUUGAGUCUCACGGAAAAUCUCUAAUCAGAAACAGACAGACUCAUGGUGAAGGACAGUUUUCAAUCUGCAGGAAUUUAAACUCAUCCACAGAAAGAAAUGUCUUUUUAUACAUGAUUUUUACUUGGAAAGAACAUUAAAUUUGAAGGAACAAAACAGAAUUCUACCCACAUGGACCAGCAUCAAUAAAAGAUAAAGAAAGUUACCCACUAUACUCUCUAAAGCUCAAACCUUCAAGGAAAAAUAAGAGCAGAAUUACAGAAUGAAAAAAAAAUAUCUUGGAGGUUUAUGUAACUUUGCUAAGAUGGAAUAUUUUGUAGAAGAGACACUGAGUGAAAAAAAAAAUCAACCAAUCAAUAAAAAAGCAUUUCAAAUUACACUGUAAAAAAGUCCAGAACUUUGUGAGGGUCUCAAGACCCGCUUUUGCAGCAAACCAGCUGUGGUUUUACCAAUAGUGGCCUCUGUUAGUGAUUUAUGUGGAUCUUAAUUCAUCCAAAUUGAUUGAUGGACCCGUAAUUUGCGAAGUUUGAGGAGAAAAAAAAGACGUUGACAUUUGGAGAAAAUGUUUUUGUUGAGUUGAGAUGGAAGGACCAUGAUGGAAGAGAGAAACCAUUUCUGUGUUUUUGUUAUGUUUAAGUCCAAGCUGUGUUUCCUGCACCAGAGUGAGAAAGAGUCCAGUUCGCUCUGCAGCAGUCCCACGGUGUUGGUGGUGUCCAUGAGUACUGUGUCAUCAGAGUACUUGAAGUAUGUUAUACUGGGGGUAGUGCUCCUGCAGUCAUUUGUGUACAGAGUGAAGAGAAGUGGUGAGAUCACAGAGUUUUGGGGGGAUCCAGUGGAUAUAGUCCUAUUAGUGCUGAGAUGACCGUUGAUCCCUCUGGUCCCUCAUUGUGAGGAAUGAUAGAACCCAGAGGAUCAAGUGGGGGUGACAUUCAUAAAACCAGGUAAUUUGGAGGUCCAAGAAGACAAAGAAUCUGAGUGGGAAUCAAUCCCAUUUUAUAGAAUAAAACCCAAAAUCAUCUUUGUGGGCAAAAUGCUUUACAUCAACAACAAAACAGGCAAAAACUAGAUUGGAAAUGGUCAACAGCCAAUCAGGACGUAGAACACCAUAUAUUGUUAAAAAAUAGAAAAAAUAGUAACAAAGAUGACCAGCAGAGGGAGACAGAGGGACACCAGGACAGACAGCAGGAACUCUGGAAUAUCUUUGUUGACAUUCUCCCUCCAGGAAGAACCGUUGGCUGACAGGGGGAGGAGCUACACUCGGAGGUGUUCCUGGGCGGAGCUUCUCUGUCAUCCAGUUUUCAUGAGCUGGUCUCUCCAGACUCUGCAUGCAGAUGCUUUCAUGGUGACCGUGUCCGAGUGGACGCUGCAGAUGGGUUCCAGACUCUUCCGUCUGCUGCUGUGGACCAUCAGCUUCUCUGUGAAGGUCUCAGCAGAACUGAAGAACAUCACGGCAGAACCGGGUCAGAACGUCACUCUGACAUGUCGACUGUCAGACCAGAACCAGGUUCUGGUUCUAGAGUGGAGCAGAACGGACCUGCAGGAGGACGAAUAUGUGUUUCUGUACAGAGACGACAAAAGUGACUCAGAUCAUCAGCAUAAAUCUUUCAGGAACCGAGUGUUUCUGAAGGACAGUCGGAUGGGGGAUGGAGAUCUGUCUGUGGUUCUGAAGAACGCGACGACUGAUGACAACGGAACGUACCAGAGUAGAGUCGAAGGAAAUGGAAGAACCAGGAGGUCUGUUUUAGAUUCACCUCCCAUCUGCACCAUUCACCUGUUGGUGAUUCUUCCAGGUAAAAAAGAUGAAGGAAAAAACAAAGAUGGAGGAGGAAACAAAGAUGAAGGAGGAAACAAAGAUGAAGAAGGAAGCAAAGAUGGAGGAGACAAGGAUGAAGGAGGAAACAAAGAUGGAGGAGACAAAGAUGAAGGAGGAAACAAAGAUGGAGGAGACAAAGAUGAAGGAGGAAACAACGAUGGAGGAGGAGACAAAGAUGGAGGAGGAAACAACGAUGGAGGAGGAGACAAAGAUGGAGGAGGAAACAGGACGCAGGAAGUCCGUCAGGAUCCUCCUUUGUCGGUUCUUCUGGCAGUGCUGGUUCCUGUUGCUUUCCUUGCUCUUCUUCUCACUGUUCUUCUUCUCCUCCUCUUGAUCUCAAAGAGGAAAUCAGCUCCUCGUUCCACCGGAUCCAGGCUCCAGCCGGAACCGGAGCUCCGCCCUCUCAGCAGAGAAGGCGGAGCGGCUCUGGACACGUCAGACACUGAGCUUCUUCCACGCUCUCAGAAGAGCAGCAUGGUGUGUGUGUCCGCCGACAGCGUCACGCUCUUUUAGCUUUUCUGUCGGACUCCAGGCUCUGCUCCUCCAGAGUCUGUGGGAAUCUCAGAUCGCUGAAGACUCGGUUCUUCACAGACAGUUCCUCGUGGAGCAGAUGAAGCUUCUGUCAGGAUGCUCCGAGUGCAGAAGAAACAUGCAAAUGAAGAGCAACAGCCACAGGCAGAACUUCCUCCUUUCUAUCCUUGUAUGUAAAUGAGCUGAAAUAAACCUGCACAAUGUCUGAAAGGAUCUUUUCUCUCUUAUGUUCAACCAGAACCAUUCUUAUGGAAAACAUGGUUCAAAUGUGAGCAGGAAGCAGCUUUAAAGUUCAGACUUCAGACACCUGUUCAGGUGUGAUCCAAACACAGAUACCUGGAAAACAUGCAGACACAGCAUCCUUUGAGGCCUGGAGUUCCUGAUUUAGACCAUAGCAUGCAAAGUCUUUAGAUAUCAAAGCGGCAUCAGCUCCAGGAACUGAGUUCUCUGUGUCUGUAAUGGGACUUUGGAUGAAAACAACAACAAGAAACAGGAAGUUUUUCUCCUUCAGACCAGAAACAACAGAUCAGAGAUCAGAGUCAAAUAAAGCUACAGUGGUGUUGUUUGGUCUGCAGGUGCUACCAGGCCCCGCCCUCACUGACUGAACGGCUCUACCAGGCCCCGCCCUCAAUGACUGAACGGCUCUACCAGACCCUCCCCCCUUUGCCAUACUGGUCAGAGCUACAUGUAACAAAUUAAUUAAAAAAAA